GCAGUUAUGAGGGACUGAAAAACACGGAAGAUUCAGUCGCGUAAACAACAAGCGCCUUCACGUUACCGUUUUAUUCGAGCGACUCAGUACGCCGUAGGGAUUGCGCAGGACGGGCUUUGUUCGGAGGGAGGCUAAAGGGUGUUCAGGAUGGCCUCUCGGGGGAAAUCAGAAACAGGCAAACUAAAGCAGAACAUGGAGGAGCAACUGGACCGACUCAUGCAGCAACUGCAAGAUUUAGAGGAGUGCAGAGAAGAGCUUGAUGAUGAGGAAUAUGAAGAGACAAAAAAAGAGACCUUGGAGCAGCUGAGUGAGUUCAAUGAAUCACUGAAGAAGGUCAUGUCAGGGAACAUGACCCUGGUUGAUGAAUUAGGAGGAAUGCAGUUGGCUAUCCAAGCAGCCAUCAGCCAAGCAUUUAAGACCCCUGAAGUUAUUCGAUUGUUUGCUAAGAAGCAGCCUGGUCAGUUAAGGACAAGACUAGCAGAGAUGGAUCGUGAUGUGAUGGUGGGGAAACUCCCUAGAGAUCAGUACACGCAGCAGAAAGUGGAGAUCCUCACAGCUCUAAGAAAGCUGGGGGAGAAGCUUACAGCUGAGGAUGAAGCUUUCCUGGCAGCAAAUGCCAGCACCACUCUCAGCCAAUUUGAGAAGGUUACUGCGAACUUGGGAUCUGAGGAUAAGAUAUUGGCCUUAGCUAGUUCUGGAGUUGAGAAGACCCAGGCCUAGGAAAGCACUUUUUUGUUUGCCGUUUUCUGUAAAUGCUGUGAGUGAUUUUGAAAAGUUGUUUUUAAAUGUAAUGUCAGGUCUGACCGUUUUAGGUGCCAUUCAAACACUGAUUUUUCUUAAUCGUGUACUCAUCCUGACACUCGGACCCAGCAAUCUGUUUUGAUUUUAUUUAGAUUUUUGUUUUAAUGCACACUAAUGUGGUACAGUAAAGAAGUGAUAAGGCCGUAUCAGUGCAGCUGGCAGGUCUGAAUGAAGCCAGAUAAAAUGUAUAAAUAUGUACAUUUGCCUCAUACAUAUACAUAUGUAUGUUUGCAAAGUCCACACGAUGCAUUUUCUCAGUGUGGUGGAGUGGAAGCGUUUUUGCAGUUUCUGAUUGUAGCUUUAAGAAAGAAACUCCAGAAAUACUUUGGUGCUAGAGUGUUUUGGACAUUUCAGAUUAAAGGAAAACAGAUUACUUUUGAAUAAAAUCUCAUUUUACAGUAAGUAAAUUUUCCAUUUGUUCUGAUAUACUUUCAUUUUGGCUGGAAGUUUUUGGACAGUAUCCAGGACAGCAUGUUUUUGGUGGUGUUAAUGUAUCAGUAGGCCAAAGUCAUGAAGGUUAUGGCUGUUGAUUGUAAGAUUUGACAUUCAUUAAUAAUUGUAAUUUUCAUAUAUAUUCUGUACAUGUUUUUGUACUAAAAUUAAAAGUUAAUCCUUUGUAUGUCAAUACAAAACUUGCUCUGAUGUGUCAA